GAAUAAAUACCAAAUCUUUUUAUUGUUUUAAUUUUAUUGUGAUUUUAAUUUCCCUCUCUCUUCACCGCCUCUUUCCAUUCAAACGAUAAUCACUGUUGUUCUCUCGUUCACUGUUUGCUGCCUGAAACUAGUAAAUCGGCGCUCUACUUCAACAAUUAAUGGAGGGCGAAACUAGUAACAUGCUCCGUUUUAAUGUUCACCUUCAGUGACCAAGCUUUCGCCUCCUCCACAUUCUCUCCUUCAUCAAAUUUCGCAACAAAGUACAGAACCCUAGUUUUACUUAGAUUUCCACUUCAAUCGGCCGCGAUCUUGGAGUGCUUUUCAUUAGCGUAAUCGAGCUGUCACUUCGUUCAGAUUAUGGCAUACUCAGAACCUGCAACAACAGAAAGGGAGCCAGUCCAGGGUACUGCUGUGCCCAGGAAACCAAGGAUUCUAUUAGCUGCUAGUGGAAGUGUAGCUGCUAUAAAAUUCGGAAAUCUUUGCCAUUGUUUUUCUGAGUGGGCAGAAGUAAAAGCAGUGGCCACAAGGGCUUCUUUGCAUUUCAUUGAUAGAGCCUCACUUCCUAAGGAUGUAGUGCUUUACACUGAUGAGGAUGAAUGGUCCAGCUGGAAUAAAAUAGGAGAUAGUGUGCUUCAUAUUGAGCUGCGGCGGUGGGCUGAUAUCAUGGUUAUUGCUCCAUUAUCAGCAAACACACUUGGCAAGAUUGCUGGGGGAUUAUGUGACAAUCUGCUGACCUGCAUUGUUCGAGCAUGGGAUUACAACAAGCCCCUCUUUGUUGCGCCAGCCAUGAACACUUUCAUGUGGAAUAACCCUUUCACAGAAAAGCAUCUCAUGUCAAUUGAUGAACUUGGAAUUUCUCUUAUUCCACCUGUACCAAAAAGGCUGGCUUGCGGUGAUUAUGGAAAUGGUGCGAUGGCUGAACCAUCUCUAAUCUACUCAACCAUAAGACUCUUCCUGGAGUCAAGGACUCAACCAGGAGAUGGAAGAAUUGGUUAAUUGGAUGUAAGUGCUUUGUGUGGUUUAUCCUUUUUCUAUCUUCUAGGGAUUUAUUACUUCUGAUUUUAUAUGUGGUGAAAUCAUGUAUGUCCGGCAUGCUAUGAAAGGUGGAACACUGAUCCUGACCUAAUGUAAGAAUUUCUCUCGUAUAUUUGGACAUGUAGUAUUAGUAUGUUUCAUAGAUUUUGUAUACCUAGGAAUACAUGUAAUAUACGAGUUCAUUUGACUUGCAUUGGUUUAAUGGUAUUUUACAGUAGUUUAGCGAUUGA